AUGAGACUGCAACCCAUAUUUGACGUGAUCUGCAUCCGCUUCGCCAUCGCUUCUCUUAUCGUGAUCAACUUAGCUAUUGCCGGCCUUGAUUCAGCCAUUGCCCGGUUUGCAGUUGUCUUGCGAGAUCGUGCAAAAUCCGAUCUCGCAGCCUCCGGGGACAGUGUCGCAGACAAUGUUUUCACAAACCUGAUGCACCGAGUGCUAAUAUCUGCGAUAAUUGGUGCACUUGCAUCGACUGGUUUCGCGAUAUUUGGGAUAGGGCUGACCGUGUCUUCAAGCCGCGCCGCAAAAUCCCACGACGCAUUCGCCUUGUUUGGCUUUAUACAAUUUUUCGUCAGCAUUGGCUACGUCGCCUUAGGUGGCCUUAUUGCUGAUAUUUUACAUGGAUACCAAUCCUCGUUUGAACGGUUCUCCCACGCUGGUGAAAUUCCAUAUUACGAGAUCAUGUACUAUGGUGGAGUUGGAGAAGCAGCCUUCGGGGCCUUGGUGAUGGUUUUGAUGAUCGUGACUCUCUUUGCUCAGCCGAAGUUGACGGGAAGGCAACCAGUGAGAUUCCAAGAAGCUGCAAGCGUGGCUUGA